CAAAGUUUAUCUUGGACAAGAUGGCGACCUCCAUAGCUAUACCGAGACGGGUGCCUCUACUCUUAGUGGCAGAAAAUGUGUUACUACCUGGUUCCUCGAUGCGAAUUCCUGUCAGAAACAUCAGGAACAUGAAUAUGGUGAAGAGCCGUCUCCUUGGGCGCAAUACACUAAGCAGUACUGUCAUUGGUGUCAUACCUAAGGAUCCAGCUAAAGAUGAUGAGGAUGAUGAGCUUACAGCACUUCAUUCCAUAGGCACAGCAGCUGUUGUUGUUCAGAUAACUGGUACCAACUGGCCAAGACCAGCAUACACUUUACUUGUUACUGGAUUGUGCCGGUUUAAGGUGGAAUCUAUACUUCAGGAAACACCAUAUCCUAUUGCAAUGGUUACACAGUUGGACAAACUUUCUGAAAAUGACCGGGAGGAUAUGGAUGAAAACCAGGAACUCACUGCAUUAGCGAUGAAUUUCCGCGACCAAGCUGCCAAACUUGUAGAGAUGCUGGAUAUCUCAAUCCCAGUUGUUGCCAAGUUGAAGAAAAUGCUGGAGAAUCUGCCAAGUCAGCACCUUCCGGAUGUGUGUGCAGCCAUUGUGAAAGCCUCCUACACAGAGAAGAUUCAGGUGCUGGAUGCUGUGGAUCUGAAUGACAGGUUCAAGAAGGCUCUGCCCCUGCUGAUGAGGCAGAUCGAGGGUCUGAAGCUUCUUCAGCGAGCACGGAAAGAUGGCAAGGUGGAAAUUGUGACCCGGAAGGAAGGGUCAAGGCCAACCAACAUGCGGAGUGUGUUCAGGAAGCUGAGCACAGACUUGGAGGAGGAGGAUGGAGACAAUGAGUCAGAUGACCUUGACCUGGAGCAGAAGAUAAAAGCGGCUAACAUGCCAGAGCAGGCGCACAAGGCAUCAAUGAAGGAGCUGAAGAGGCUGAAGAAGAUGCCACAGCACAUGCCAGAACAUGCUAUGAUCAGGAACUACUUGGAGCUCAUGGUGGAGUUACCGUGGUCCCGCCAGAGCAAGGACGCCCUAGACAUCUUGCAGGCCAGGAAGGAUCUGGACGCUGACCACUAUGGCCUGGACAAGUUGAAGAAACGUGUCCUGGAAUACCUGGCAGUCCGCCAGCUCAAAAACUCUCUCAAGGGUCCAAUCCUUUGUUUUGUCGGACCCCAGGGUGGGAAAACUAGUGUGGGACGGUCCAUAGCCAGCACACUGGGCAGAGAAUUCCAUAGGAUAGCACUGGGGGGAGUUUGUGACCAGUCUGACAUCCGUGGUCAUCGUCGGACCUACAUUGGCUCCAUGCCUGGACGGAUCAUACAGGGGCUGAAACUCGUCAAUACCCACAACCCGGUCUUCCUGCUGGACGAGAUAGAUAAGCUGAGCAAGAGUCUCCAUGGCGACCCUGCUGCUGCUCUGCUGGAAGUUCUGGACCCGGAACAGAACAACAACUUCGUAGAUCACUACCUCAAUGUCCCGUUUGACCUGUCCCAAGUGCUGUUCAUCGCAACAGCCAACAACAUGUCCACCAUUCCACCAGCCCUCCUGGACCGCAUGGAGUUGAUCCAGAUCCCGGGCUACACCCAGGAGGAGAAGGUCAACAUCGGUGUCCGCCAUCUCAUGCCCAAACAACUCAAGGAACAUGGACUGACUGCGGAACAGAUACAGAUCCCUGAGGAUUCCAUUAAAGUUCUGGUGGCAAAGUACACCCGUGAGGCAGGUGUUCGUACGUUGGAGCGACGUAUUGCAGCCAUUUGCCGGGCCGUGGCUGUGCGGGUCGCAGAGGGAGUGUCCAAAGCUCGUCGGGAGAAGCUGGAAGCCACCCAGGGUGACAAGAAGGAUAUCCCCUCUGAGAUUCUGUCGGCGAAUGAUUCUCACGAGGCCUCCACGCUCGCCCACCCUCCUGAAAUGCCGAUAGUCAUCGAUGAAGCUGCCAUUGAGGACAUCCUAGGGCCUCCUAUGUAUGAGAGAGAGAUGUCGGAGCGCCUGGGGCAGCCAGGAGUAGCAGUCGGGUUGGCAUGGACUGCCAUGGGGGGCGAGAUCAUGUUUGUGGAGGCGACUCGCAUGGAGGGAGAAGGAAAGAUAACUCUGACGGGACAACUGGGGGAUGUGAUGAAGGAGUCUGCUAACCUGGCUCUCAACUGGGUCAGGGCCAAUGCAACUAGAGUAAGUUCUGAACAUGAAAUCUGACCUUUGGACAACACUGACCUUCACAUUCACUUCCCUGCGGGUGCUGUUGGCAAAGAUGGACCAUCAGCUGGUGUUACCAUAGCAACUGUCCUGGUGUCACUCUUCAGUGAGCGAUGUGUUCGCUCAGACACAGCCAUGACAGGGGAGAUCACUCUAAGAGGACUUGUUUUGCCUGUCGGUGGUAUAAAGGAGAAGGUUUUGUCAGCACAUAGAGCAGGAAUUAGACGUGUGAUCCUGCCACGCAGGAAUGAGAAGGACUUGCAGGAUAUCCCCGCUAACAUUCUGAAGGAUCUAUCUGUUGUGUUGGCAAGUAAACUAGAAGAUGUCCUCAAUGCGGCCUUUGACAGAGGGUUCCCGUCCCUCGCUCCUUCCCCAGUGGAUGUCAGCAAGCUCUAACAACCCUGACCUUCCAGGAUCACCUUGACCUUGCCUUGGCCAACCAUAGAUCUUUCUUUACCAUAUGGUAUUCACAACACAGAUUAGAUUGAUGCUUUAAUUUAUGAAAUGGAUGGUUACUUUUAGGAUAUAAAAAUGUAUGAAUAUGAAGAUGAAUAUAUAUUUGCUCCUUGAUGCAUCAAUAUAUUUUCUGAAAAUUGUAGCCAAGUUAAAAUUAUUAAAAUGAAUAUUGAUGAGUGUUGAGUGUUUGUAGCUGAUGCUUCUGAUACAAGUUGGCCAUGUUGGAGCGAGUGAAUGUUAUUUUAAGCCACAGUCCGCUAUAACCUAGCUGUAUCAUAUUAAAGUGUGGACCAGGCAUACUAGAUCUGUAUUGUCAAAUAACAUUGUUGUUUAACAGAUGUUUACCAUCAUUAAUUUAGUAAUUGGGAGUAAUUGCUGUAAGACGUUUGUACUGGAGAGCUAUAUGCCAUAUAGUUCCCCUGUAGUCUCCAAGAUUGUCGGGGUGGUGGGGUAGCCUAGUGGUUAAAGCGUUGGCUCGUCACGGCGAAGACCCGGGUGUGAAUCCCCACAUGGGUACAUUGUGUGAAGCCCGUUUCUGGUGUCCCCCGUCGUGAUGUUGCUGGAAUAUUGCUAAAAGCGGCGUAAAACCAAACUCAGUCAGCCAGUCAGUCCAAGAUAGUCACUGCUGAUGUCUGUGUGAGAAUGAGUGUGGCGGGAAUGACUGUCAGGGUAGAUAACUCUGACUGACUGGUUUCAAGCAUUCUACUGGAAAGGAUGGAUGGCCUUUAACAAGAGACUGGUUGAACUGAUGUAUAGUUGUGUGUCAUAAUGUUAUCUGGUGUGGUCAAAUGCGAAGUUUAGUGGAUCCUUUCCAGCUGAGAUGUUUUGCAUUUUGGAAAUGAAUAAAAUAUGCGUUAUAAACAGAUAAAUACGGAGGAAAAUGUUAUAUUCUGAAAAUUGCUAUUGAUGAUUGUUUGUAUAACAAUGCAUUUAUUGUGUGUGUAAACACAUUGAUUUCUUGUGACUCAGAACGCUUGGCACCUACCCACUAUCACAUGUAUAGGUUGACAUCAUACCCUUUGCUAUGAUUUGGAAUGAGUAUAUGUGUAGCUUAUCAAGAAAAUGUGUUUUAUUCAAGGAUGCAAGUUUAUUUUGAGAUGUGAAUCAAUCAUCUCUUCUUUAUCACUGAAUGACUUGAUCACAAUGGGUGCAUCUGUUGUAAUUAUGAUGUACUAGUACUUGCUACAUGGUACUGAUGUUCUUGUUAUCAAUAAAAUGUUACGGAAUAUAAA